UCCGCUCACACACCAGGCACCCAGCCCUUCUGACUCGCCUUCAGCCUAUGCGAGGGACACCGAGGGCAACACAACCAUCAUGAGCAUCGGCACGCGGGUCAAGUGGCUUCGUAGGCAGGCGCGUCGUGGUGCGGGAAAGCUGGAUGGCGGACAGCAGGAGUUCACGUUCCGGGUGGCUUUCUGCGGUUUGUUGAUCGGAUGUCUCCUGUGCUUCACGAACCUCUACUUCGGUUUGCAGACAGGAUGGAUUAGUAUGAUGUCUCUCCAGUCAGCGUUGAUCGGAUUCCUGGUCUCGAAGUUCUUCCCUACGCCUAUGAGCCCACAGGAGAACGUCGUCCUGCAGACGAUCGCCGUCGCGACUGGCACGAUGCCCCUAGCUGCAGGAUUUGUUGGCAUCCUCCCCGCACUGAGCCUCCUGGACGAGGAACGUGACGGUGUCCCUGCUCUGCAUCUGUCUUGGCUAGACGCGGUCGGCUGGUCACUCGCAAUCAUCGAAGAACAGCUUGCAUUCCCAUCUGGGACGGCAACGGCGCAGCUGAUUUCCGUCCUGCACCAAAUACCACCUCCAGACACUACUCCGACUGCUAGACAGCGCCAUGGCUCAGGCAUCCCAGAUCCCGAUACGCCGGGUAUGCCCAUGGAGGAAGAGCACCUGGUCGCGGAUGCCGAUGAGUGGUUGUGGACGUUUACACCAGUCUGUCGUAUAUCGGGCAAGGUCAGUAUCAUUAUGGGCUUCCCGACUACUCUCAGUAUGAACCUCGGUAUGCUAGUUGGCUGGGCCAUCCUCUCACCCGUGGCAAAGCACUCCGGACGGCGAACCCACGUUAUGGACGACAAGGAGGUGGAGUCGCCGGACAGACUCGUGCCGACGCGUUGGGUUGCCUGGGGCCUCGGCGGCAGCGUCGUCUUCGGGACGAUUCUCGUGUGGGUGGUGUUUGGAGACGAGGGCAUCAAGCCAUGGGCGACGUUCCUCGGCUUCGUGAUGGGCGGCUUGCUCAGUGUUCUUGGGUGUCGUUCGCGCCUUGGGGAGACGGACUUAAACCCUGUCAGCGGCCUCGGCAAGAUCAGCCAGCUCUUCUUUGCGUGGAUACAACCUGGCAACAUCGUCGCAAACAUUAUUGCUGGAGGCGUCGCUGAGGCUGGCGCUCAACAAGCGGGCGACCUGAUGCAAGACUUGAAGACGGGCCAUCUCAUACACGCGUCUCCUCGCGCGCAGUUCUUCGGUCAACUAUUAGGCUCGCUGCUGUCCAUCCUCGUGACGACCACCGCGUACACGCUCUACCAGCGCGCGUACGAAAUUCCCGGGCCUUCCUUCCCUGCGCCCACAGCGUAUGUCUGGCUAGGGCUCGCGCGCCUUCUGCGUGACGGCGAGCUGCCAGCGAAGAGCAAAGAGUUCAUGGUCAUCUUUGCGGCCAUCUUCGGGGCCGUAGCUGCCGUCAAGGCAUAUGCGCAACGACAGGGCCUGCCGCACGCGAAAUGGAUCCCUUCCGGCGUCGCCUUCGCCAUCGGUUUCCUGAACACGCCGUCCUUCUCCAUCGCUCGUCUGAUCGGAGGGAUCGUCGAGCACGUAUAUUACACGCGCGUGGGCCGCGACAAGGGCGGGAUCAAGUUGAUUAUCAUCGCGAGCGGUUUCGUGCUCGGGGAGGGCGUGGUUAGCAUCGUAUCGCUGGUGCUGAGGACGUGGGGCAUCGGCGUUGCGAGCUGUUGGGGAUGCGGCCAUGGUAUGUGCGGAGGGUGUCCCGCUUGAGGUGUCGUAGGCGCUUUGUCUGUACUAGUAAGCAAGUGAUAGAGGUGAAGGGGCUACGUAGACUGGAUGACACGUCAAUGCUAUGUGUCUUCCUUGACUAGCACAGGCUAGGGGACAGAUGGUGGACUGGGACAGUUUGCCAGUUGUUGCUGAGUUCUCGUUUCGUCUGUUUUACAAUGGCUCCAACAACCUGGCUAUUGUCGUCAAGGUGCUCUUCGCCUGAUACUCUCUAUUAUAUUUCGAUUUCACCGUCACCAUUCAA